UAAAUGAAUACACACACGAGAAAGUUGAUAUUAUAAUAAAUAAAUAUGAAAUUUAUUUAGUUAUUUCAAUGUACAUUAAAUAAACUUAAAUUAUUUAAAUGGAGGAACAAUUAGAAGCUUAUAGAUUAAGAAAAAGGAGAAAAGAACGUUUUGAUCAAAUUAAAAGUAAAAUAAUUUCAAUGAUUCCUUUAUACAGUGGAACUAAAUCUGAUACAACAAUUGAUUUGGAAGAAGAGAAAAAACCAAUAAUUGAAGAAGAAAAAAGAUCAGAAUCGCCUGCAUGUAGUGAAUUAGGUUCAGAUUAUGUUUCAGAAGAGGACGAAAUAAUAUUUCAAAAACCUCCAAAUGAACCAGAUCCAAUUGUUCCUACUAAUAAAUAUCUUCGCUAUGUAUAUUGGAUAGUCUUAAUAUUAUUUUGGGCAACUUGUUAUGCAAUUGCAUUAGAAUUGAAAUUCGGCAUUGUAUACUUAAUGUUUUCAGCACUUUUUGGAUUAUAUUUUAAUACAAGAACUGGUCCUAAAAUGAAAGGCGAAGUUAGUGCAUACAGUGUUUUCAACAAAGAUUUUAAAAGUAUUGAUGGAACUUUAAAAGCAGAGCAAUUUGAACAAGAAAUUCGUUAUGGUUCAGGAACAGUUCGGUGAUGUAAAAACUAUAAAUUAAGAAAAAAUUCAUUUUUUAUAAUUUUUUAAAGUGUAUUCAAUACAAAUUGUGAAAUUAAAUUACACAAAGUGUAAUUUAACAUUGUAAUAAAAUUAUUAUAGGUCUUUUAAAGAAAAUAUAAAAAAAAAUUUAUAUGUAUGUAUUUAUAACGAAAAAUUU